ACUUCUGAAAAUUCCAAUCAUCAUAUUAUAUCUUCUCUUUGUUUUUCCUCUUUAAAAAGAAAGAAACCAAAAAUUCCAACUUGCUUUUGUUCUGUUUUCCCCUUUCAUCACUGUCUUUCAAUCAAACAAAACAAAGAGCAGCAAGUGAAGCCAUAAUGGAGAUCGGAAAAGUCAUGGAAAGCACAGAAGAGGGUUCUUUCUCUUCAUCAAAUAUGAGGCAGAGAAAUGUUUCCUCACCAGCAAGAUCUCCUGUGGCUAAGAAGAUUGCAAAUCCAGACAUACACACCCCUCAGGAAACUAAAGAAAAAUCAAACGAACAAGUCUCAACACUUCCGGUAAUUAAAAACCGGAGUAAGUGGACAACUCGAAUCAUAGUUGAGUGGAUUGUAUUUGUUUGUUUGUCAGGAUGUCUUAUUGCUAGCUUAACUGUACAUAUAUUUAAAAACCAUGUGAUUUGGGGUUUGGAAUUAUGGAAAUGGUGUAUGCUAGUUCUGGUUUCUUUUUGCAGUGGAAUUUUCACUAGAGGGAUGAUGAAUGUUGUUGUCUUUCUGAUGAGGGGGAAGUUUGCUCAAAAGGAGAUGGUUAUAUAUGUUGUUUAUGGACUAAGGAAGAGUGUUAGGUUUUUUGUGUGGCUGAGUUUGGUUCUUCUCACUUGGGUUCUAUUGUUUGAUAGUGGGGUUAAGAGACCAAAGAAAACCACAAGGAUUCUAAACUAUAUUACGAAGACUCUAUCCUCUUCUCUUUUUGGGGCAUUUUUAUGGCUGUUUAAAACUACUGUUGUGAAACUAUUAGCUAUUAAGUUCCAGGGCAAAAGAUUCUUUGACGAAAUUCAAAAAGCAAUCCUUCAACAGCAUAUAGUUGACAUGCUCAAGACCUUACAGGACCAACGUGAUACAGUAUUCAUUGUCAGGUGGAUUUCCAAAUUUCCAAAUUGGUUAAGGGAAAUGAUGACCUCUGCAUGGACGAUGGAAGGGAUAGAUGUCAUAAGAGGUUCAAGGUUGAAUAUUCCGCCUUCAGGUGAAAUUUUUGACAAAAUUAUAGAACAUCCGAAGAUUGAAGAUCAGAAGACUGAUAACAAUGCAGUUGAAAACGGGGAUCCUGAAGGUGGCCAGAAAGAAAAAGUGGAGCGUAUUGACAAGAAGCGCCUCUUAUCUUUCUUUGAACAAGAUAAUGAAGCUAAGGAAGUUCUUGAAAAAUGGUUUAAAGAUGUUGAAUCAAGUGAAGGGAUCAUCAACAAAUCAGCUUUUCAGAAGUGGCUGGCAAAUGUCUGCAGUGAACGUGAUAAACUAGCAUCUAGGUUGAAUGAUUACAAAACAGCCAUAGAAGAGCUCGACAGGCUUCUCUCUGCGAUCAUGUUUGUAGUUAUCAUUAUUGUCUGGUUACUUAUGAUGGGAAUUUUAAAAACAAGAGCACUUCUCUUGAUUUGUUCUCAACUUGUGCUAGCGGCAUUCAUGUUUGGUAACUCUCUGAGGACCGUAUUUGAGGCCAUCAUAUUUGUAUUUGUGAUUCAUCCUUUUGAUGUCAGUGAUCGUUGUAUCAUAGAUGGAGUACAGAUGGUUGUUGAAGAGAUGAAUCUCCUGACAACAGUCUUUGAAAGAUAUGAUAAUGAGAAAAUAUACUAUCCAAAUUCAGUUCUGGCUACAAAACCCAUCACCAACUUUUAUAGGAGUGAAAAGUUUAUUGGUGAUACUGUAGAGUUUGCCAUCGAUGUUUCCACCCCAGCAGCCCUAAUUAGAAAUCUUCAAAAAGAAAUUGAAAGCUACAUGAGUACGAGCACGGAUUGGAAUAAAAAACCAGAACCCCGCGUGUUCGUUAAGGACUUUGAUGAUGCAAAUGGGAUCAAAAUGAUUAUCUAUUUUGAUCACGGUGCAAACUUCCAGAAAUAUCUGGAUAUUAGGAACAAACAGAGAUCUGAGUUGAUCUUAAAUCUGAAAGAAAUUAUGGAACGACUUGAAAUCAAAUAUCACAUUGUGUCUGUCCGUGCAAUUGAAAAAAAGUUGGCAUGAGCUUCUGCUCGAUUGUUGUCCUUUUUUUUUUGGGGGGUACAUGUUGUCCUUUUCUUUUUGUUUCCGUAGAAGUUCUACUUUCUUUGUUUGGAAAUAUUUGCUGUAAUUUCAUCAGUACUCACUCCCCUGUUAUUCACUCUUAAAACUUUGAUGAUGGUUGAGUCAAUUGUAGUCCUCAGACUCCCUGUUCUAGUG